AAAAUUGCCCUUUUUCAUCUAAUAAAAAAGUAAUUUUUAAAUUCAGUUCGUAUGGCAUAUUUCUGGUAUUGAUAUAUAGUACAAAUCGUCUAUAAAUAUUCAAACUAGGCCCUGCUCCAACCACCUUGGAUAAAGACCACUUAAAUCAAGGACAAUUCAAGAUUAUGAAAGUCCAAAUCAUGUCCAAAUAAAAAUACAUGUGUUGUGAAAUGUAAUUUUAAAAGUUUUAUUAUAACAAUGACUUCAUUUUAUUCAAAUGAAGAAAACAGCUUGGAAAAAGUCGUUGUUUCAAACCAUCCCCUAAUUGAAACUAAAGCUGAUGAUAUAGAUGAAGUUUAUGAAAUAAAAAGAUGUGCAGAAUGGAUACAGUCUAAUGGAUUUAAAAAGGUUUGUUUACAAUUUCCAGAUUAUUUAUUACAAGAUGCCAGUGAAGUAGUUUUAAAAUUGGAGAGUAUCGUGAAUGAAACAAUUUAUUUAUUAGGGGAUACUGUUUACGAAAGUUGUUGCAUUGAUUUUAUUGCUGCUGCACAUAUAAACGCUGAUGCGAUUAUUCAUUUUGGUCCUGUAUGUUUUUCAAAAUUUGCAGAAAAUGUUCCAUUUAUGUAUGUUUAUGAGAAGCGCCCGCUUGAUAUUGCCCAUUUAAAGAAGAUUGUAGAGACAAAUUUUGAUGAUUAUCAUGUUGCAUUUUUGGUAGAUUUUGGAUACCUUCACUUAUUCGAUAAACUGGUGGAAGCAUUUAAAGAUUACAAAUACCUUGAGUUCAUAAGAAUUGACAAUCUUAAAGACGUUCGACAGGGUCAUACCAUAUUUUUUUAUGGUAAAGAUGAAAGAAAAAUGUUUAAUAUUACUUCCCUAAUAACCCCAUUGGCUGUAUUUUAUUACGAUAUUGGAAAAUCGAGAGUACAAGCAUUUGCUGAUGAUAUUAAAUCUUUAACAAAAAGAAGGUAUUAUCUUAUAGAGAGAAUAAAAGAUAGUGAUACUAUUGGAAUAAUUGUAGGAAGUAUAGGAAUACAGAAUUGUCUAAAGUUAAUUGAUAGGUUGAAGUCUUUGAUUAGCAGAAGUGGAAAGAAAUACUAUCUUUUGAAUAUUGGUAAGCCAGCUGUUGAGAAAUUGGCUAAUUUCCCAGAGUUUGAUGUGUAUGUGGUUAUUGCAUGCUCGAUGAGUGAAAUAUAUGAUAGAAGAGACUUCUAUAAACCGAUAGCUACUCCAUUUGAUGUCGAAACUGCUCUAAACGUAGACUUAGAAACAAAUCCCGAAUGGAUUCACAAAUUUUCUUAUGAUUUCAACGAUUAUCUAGACAUUUGUGGUGAUAUAUCGACUACUUAUAAGCAAACUGAAGAUAUCAGUUUAUUAACGAAUAAAGUAAGGGUGCUGAAUCCUGAAGUGGCAGAAAACAAUAAUGGUGAUCAAACGAUAGCUGUCAAAAAUGACGGAACGAUUGCACUAGGUAAUUCAGGUGCUGGAUACUUAGCACAGAGGACGUGGAAAGGUUUAGAACAAAACUUAGGCCAGACAGAAGUGGAAUUGGCCAAAGAAGGGCGGGCUGGUAUCGCAUCCAAGUAUGAGAAUGAACAAAGUUAGUGUGUUUGUAUAUAUUUUUGUACAAUUGACAUUAAAUAAUUAUAAAUUGUA